AUGAGCCAGAAACAAUGCAACCCGCUCGCUGUCAGAGCCCUAAAUAAAGGGUCUCCAAUCUUACCGCCAACAGGCGGGACGAAAGGAGUUCGGGACCCGAGUAUCAGUAUCCACAUCUGGGAGUCCACAGACCUAAUAACUUGGGGAACCUACCGUUUGGUGAAAGUAGAAGGCAACGCAGGCAUGGUCUGGGCUCCGGGCGCCAUUUGGUACCCUGCGAAAGGGCAAUACUUAGUCCACUGGGCAUUUAAAUUCUACUCCCCCUCCGACACCGCACACACAAGCGCCACAGGCCCCGAGCAAAUCCGCUACGCCUACACCCCGGACCUUCUCACCUUCUCCACGCCCCAAACCCUCAUCUCCUACGCGCCAACCUCGAUAAUCGACCUCUGCAUCUUGCCGCUCUCCGCCUCGACUUUCGUGCGCUCCAUGAAGAACGAAUCCGCAUCUAACGUCUUCAUGGAAGUAUCUACUAAUGGAUUAUUUGGAAGUUGGACGAGACCAGGAGGGAAAGAUGCGUUUGUCGUCCUGAUUAUGGAUUAUUAUGGGUCCGAUGGGUAUUGGCCGUUCACUAGUAGUUUUAAAAGUGCAGAUGGAGCGGGAUUGAUAAAUGGAGGGUGGACGGAUGCGAGUAGGACUGCUUGGCCAAUAAAGUUGAGGCAUGAGAGUGUAGUUGGGGUAACGAAGGAGCGGUGUGGUGCUUUGGCUGCGAAGUGGGGUUGAUAACGCUCUGUAUUGUAGAAGAGGGACAAGGAAUUGUGGGAUGGAGGAUGUUGGGGAAAUAGAUAGAUUCAACAUGCAGGAUUGCUAUAC